AUGCUAAAAAUAGGGUUGAUAAUGUUAAGUUUCCUUAAUAUAAAUGCUAAUGAGUAUUGGAGCACUGAGUAUACUUCUUUUACUUCUACAGAUAUUAUGGAGAAAGAUGGUUUUUUUUUUAAUUAUUUAGGCUGGUUUAUUGAAGGUAAUAAUGGAUAAUUUUCAAGUAUCUGCGAUGGUAUACUAUUGUUUGGAGGUUAUAAUGUGUUUGGAUCAGGAGCAAAGGUAUAAAGAUUAAUAACUCUUCCGACUCAUUAUUAAUUAAGAAUAAGUUUUCAGUUUUGGAAGUAAGAAUUAUAAUAAAUAAACUAUAGAAUAGACAGCUGGGAUAAUGAACAUGUUUAUUUCAUUUUUGAUGAUUAUGUUUAAACUGAUAGUUGGUACUGGAAUACAGGAAUUGUAAAAUGGGGUAAUGCCGAUAAUAAUCUUAAUUUUGAAUAAUGGAGAGAAGUUGUAACAAAUUACAACUUUACUUUUCCCCAUAAUUAAUUGUCAUUAUAACAACUGAUUUAGACGAACCUCCAAAAACAGUAUUUUAAUUUCAUAUUAUUAGGAAUCAUGGGGAUUUAGGAACUUUAAGGUAGAAAUACAAGCAUGCUCACCAGGUUGUUAAAUUUGUAACAAUGAUACACCUGAUGAAUGUUUAUAUUUUCAAGAAAUUGAAAUUAAUUGGCUUGAUAAUUUCAAUUUUGAUGGAUGGACUUUAGAUUAAUAAUAGUUUGACUCAAUGUAAAUUUGUUUAAAUGUAUUGCUAAUUGGAGGAAUAGGCAAAUUUACAGAAAGUAAAAUACUAUCAAAAUAAUUUAUUAAUUUAACACCACAUUAUAAAAUAAUUUUGUAAGUUCAAUUAUGGAAAUUUGAUUAUUGGAAUAAUAAUAUAUUUUAUUUAGAAAUAGAUGAAUAGAUUGCUUAUUAAUCAAACCUUAUUGGCUAAGUAGAAGUAACAUAAUUGUGUGGUGAAAAUGGCGGUGAUAAGUUACUAAACAUAUAUUUGAAUAACUCUCAUAACUUAGAUAGAAUGUUAAUAAACAUGAAAUCUAAUAUUAAUUCAGUGAAUGGAUCUUGGGGUUUAAGAGCUUUUAGAUUAUAUCUCGCAAAAUGUUAUAUAACCUGUCUUGUUUGUUCAGGACCAAAAAUUAACAAUUGUUCAAAUUGUAAAGAUGGAUAUAUAUUACAUAAUUUUGAAUGUGUAGAUGGUAUAAUAUUAUCUCUAUUAUAGUAAAAUGGAUCACAGGUUUAAAAUAAUAUUUUAAUUCUUACGAUUUUGUAGAUUAAGAUGGGUGGACUAUUUUAAAUACAUAUAAUAAUUAAUUACCAUUUUAAAAAUGCAGUUUUACUGAUAUUGUAGGAGGAUAUAACUUAUUUUCAAAGGAUGCUUAAAUAAAUUUAUAUAUGGAACUUCCUAGACACAAAAAAAUUAGGGUCUAAUUAGAAUUUUGGAAAAUUAAAAAUUGGGAUAAUGAAUUUUUUUAAGUAUUUGCAGAUGGAAUUCUAGUUGAGAAAAUGUAAUAUGGAAAAACUGGAGAAUCAAGAACUUGUGGAUCAACAAUUUUAAAUAUCUAUAUGACUAAUUUAGAUUUCGAAUUCCUGCAUUCUUAAUCAUCAAUCAAUUUGAUGAUGACAUCAACAUUAACUGAAACUCCAGAUAAUAAAUCUUGGGGAAUUAGAAAUUUUUAAUUAUUUUAUGGUGUUGCAAAAGAUUGCAGUAACUCUAUUAUUGAUUUCAUAACUGUUCCUUCAUUUAUAGCAACUAGUUUUUUUAAAUCUUCAUCAUUUUCACAUGAUUAGACUUAAAAAAUAAAUAUUGAAAUAUCUGAACUUGGUAUAUCUUUGGAGCCAGACUUUGAUCAAACUGUGACAGUAGAUAAAGAUUUAAAAAAAAUGACAAUCUCAGUUACAUGGCCUUGCUUUACAAGUGAUCUUAAUUUUUCUUUAAUAAUUUAAAAAACUAGUUAUCCAGAUUAUAAAACUAUUACAUCAAAAUGUAGACAUAAAAAUUCUAAUAUUGUAAAAUUGGUUUUGAUCUUAGAAUGCAUUAUACCAUUAGAGUCUUAAAUUUAAUUAUAUGCUACUUCAACUUAAUUUUAAAUUUUUUAAAAAGUUGAUCAUUAAAAUCAAAAGCUAUAUGAUUUAUUGGUAAAUUCAUGA